CUGACGGUCGAUUUUAUGGGUAAAACGUAUAAAGCUGGGGAAGUAAUUCAUACGAAAUUGGACAAAUACCAGACUUUACAACUUCAGAGUAGUCAGGAUUUGACUGGGGCUCACAUUGUAAGUGAUAAACCAGUGGCUGCAUUUAGUGGUAAUAUCAAAACAAAUAUCGGCACCGGAAUAUACGCUGACCAUUUAGUAGAACAGUUGACCCCAGUUGAUACGUGGGGUAAAAAAUUUGUCACCGUUCCGAUUCCAAAACGAACUACCGGGGAUUUCUUCCGAAUCAUCGCCAGCGAGGACAAUACUGAAGUUACAAUUUCAGGCAUGACCCCAAUCAAGAUUCCAAAAGCCGGAGAAUGGGUACAAGUAUCAAUACCAUCAGGCGAACAUAAAAUGGUUACAUCUACUAAACCGGUCAUGCUAAUGCAAUACGUAUUGAGUCAACAAAACGCCACGGAGCCUGCCGACCCUUCCAUGAUUACUAUACCACCUUACGAGCUUUUUGGGGCCAAAUAUACCUUUUCAACACCUCAAUACUCUCGGCCUGACUAUGGUGCCGGAUAUUCCUACGAACACGAAUUUAUGGUCGUUGUCAAAGACGCAGACCGGAAUACGUUGCUUUUGGAUGACAAACCGUUUCCAUCGAACGCACAUUGGACUACAAUUCCAGGAACUGAUCUUGUGGGUGGUUAUGUUACCAUUUCUGCAGGAUCCCAUACUCCGUGUAAGAGAACGAGCCCAAUCCCCGGGGACGGGAUAGAUAACGAUUGUGAUGGAAAGAUCGACGAGGAGUUAUGUACACCAAGUAACAACAAGAGAGUGGACAUCGACGCAGUGUGUCAGAUGAAUAAGACAGCUAUUGUUGCCAACCCUUUCAACUGUGCUCAGUAUUACGAUUGCUCCAAGCAAGUCUCGGCAUUUGGAAAGCCCUACCUGCAGGAAUGCAAAUACCCUGACCUUUUUUCGUCUGGUACCAACUCAUGUGAACCGUUUACAUCGGUUACUGGAAGUUGUGGCAGAAGGAAAGAAGCCCAAGCGCCAUCUGUUUUAAACUUUCUGUGCUCAAAAAACCAGUCGGCUGCCAUUCCGGAUCCUGCAAAUUGUGCCAAAUAUUAUGACUGCUCUAAACUGUUCACGUCGACGACUCUUCAAGAUAUGACAACGGAAUGCAAAUACCCGGAUCUAUUCUCUGUAAAAGAUGGCAAGUGCCAGGACUUCAAAAGUGUUAAUUGCACCACAAGAAAAGAACCAAUGGCACCAUGCGAAUAUGAGCAGAAUCUGUGUCCAGCCAACAACCCGUCCUGCGCUCCCUGUCCUAAACGUCUGCCGUCUUGCAUUACUUUGCCUGAUAAUCAGGAGGCGUUUCCAGGAAAAUUAUGGCAAGCAGAUUACAUUGUGUGCGACACCAAUAGAACCAUGAACAUAACUACGUGUCCUCAAGGAGAAUAUUUCAAUCCCAGACUAAAGAAAUGCAUGAAAUCUGUUCCCCCAGUGGACGUUCCGGACUACUGCUCAGCUCAUCCCAAAGCGCUGCUACCAAAAGAGGACAACUGCGGCCAAUACAUCAAUUGUUCAGAUCCAGGAUUUGAUGGGAAUCACACCAUGGAGUGUCAGUAUCCUGAUCUUUUCUCUGUGACCACCAUGUCGUGCCAAUGGUUCGAGAAUGUGACCUGUGAUAGUCGUAUGGAGCCACAAGCACCUUGCGAGUACCAUCAAAACCAAUGUGCACCGACAAACAAGAGUUGCAUCCCUUGCAAAAAGAGACUCCCAAGUUGUGUGACAUUAUCUGAUGGAAAGAAUGCCAUUGAUUGGUUGCUCUGGAAACCUGAUUAUGCCGAAUGUUACAAGAACAGGACCAUGAAAAUGGAUAAAUGUCCCACUCGCUUCUUUGAUCCAGUUCAGAGAAAAUGUACCGACAAGGCCAACCCAGGCGAUAUUGACGAAAUCUGCAAACAGAACCCCAAAGCCAUUUUGCGGAAGAAAGAUAACUGUGCUCAGUAUUACAACUGUUCCGUAUCUAACUCCUCCUAUGGAGGUCACUUGCAGGAAUGUAAAUAUCCGGAUCUGUUCUCCACUGUCAGUAUGGAAUGUGAAAAUUUCAAGACUGUAACUUGUGACAACAGAACAGAACCCCAGGCUCCAUGUGAAUAUGCUCAGAAUCUGUGUCCAGCCAACAACCCGUCCUGCGCUCCCUGUCCUAAACGUCUGCCGUCUUGCAUUACUUUGCCUGAUAAUCAGGAGGCGUUUCCAGGAAAAUUAUGGCAAGCAGAUUACAUUGUGUGCGACACCAAUAGAACCAUGAACAUAACUACGUGUCCUCAAGGAGAAUAUUUCAAUCCCAGACUAAAGAAAUGCAUGAAAUCUGUUCCCCCAGUGGACGUUCCGGACUACUGCUCAGCUCAUCCCAAAGCGCUGCUACCAAAAGAGGACAACUGCGGCCAAUACAUCAAUUGUUCAGAUCCAGGAUUUGAUGGGAAUCACACCAUGGAGUGUCAGUAUCCUGAUCUUUUCUCUGUGACCACCAUGUCGUGCCAAUGGUUCGAGAAUGUGACCUGUGAUAGUCGUAUGGAGCCACAAGCACCUUGCGAGUACCAUCAAAACCAAUGUGCACCGACAAACAAGAGUUGCAUCCCUUGCAAAAAGAGACUCCCAAGUUGUGUGACAUUAUCUGAUGGAAAGAAUGCCAUUGAUUGGUUGCUCUGGAAACCUGAUUAUGCCGAAUGUUACAAGAACAGGACCAUGAAAAUGGAUAAAUGUCCCACUCGCUUCUUUGAUCCAGUUCAGAGAAAAUGUACCGACAAGGCCAACCCAGGCGAUAUUGACGAAAUCUGCAAACAGAACCCCAAAGCCAUUUUGCGGAAGAAAGAUAACUGUGCUCAGUAUUACAACUGUUCCGUAUCUAACUCCUCCUAUGGAGGUCACUUGCAGGAAUGUAAAUAUCCGGAUCUGUUCUCCACUGUCAGUAUGGAAUGUGAAAAUUUCAAGACUGUAACUUGUGACAACAGAACAGAACCCCAGGCUCCAUGUGAAUAUGUUCAGAAUCUGUGUCCAGCCAACAACCCGUCCUGCGCUCCCUGUCCUAAACGUCUGCCGUCUUGCAUUACUUUGCCUGAUAAUCAGGAGGCGUUUCCAGGAAAAUUAUGGCAAGCAGAUUACAUUGUGUGCGACACCAAUAGAACCAUGAACAUAACUACGUGUCCUCAAGGAGAAUAUUUCAAUCCCAGACUAAAGAAAUGCAUGAAAUCUGUUCCCCCAGUGGACGUUCCGGACUACUGCUCAGCUCAUCCCAAAGCGCUGCUACCAAAAGAGGACAACUGCGGCCAAUACAUCAAUUGUUCAGAUCCAGGAUUUGAUGGGAAUCACACCAUGGAGUGUCAGUAUCCUGAUCUUUUCUCUGUGACCACCAUGUCGUGCCAAUGGUUCGAGAAUGUGACCUGUGAUAGUCGUAUGGAGCCACAAGCACCUUGCGAGUACCAUCAAAACCAAUGUGCACCGACAAACAAGAGUUGCAUCCCUUGCAAAAAGAGACUCCCAAGUUGUGUGACAUUAUCUGAUGGAAAGAAUGCCAUUGAUUGGUUGCUCUGGAAACCUGAUUAUGCCGAAUGUUACAAGAACAGGACCAUGAAAAUGGAUAAAUGUCCCACUCGCUUCUUUGAUCCAGUUCAGAGAAAAUGUACCGACAAGGCCAACCCAGGCGAUAUUGACGAAAUCUGCAAACAGAACCCCAAAGCCAUUUUGCGGAAGAAAGAUAACUGUGCUCAGUAUUACAACUGUUCCGUAUCUAACUCCUCCUAUGGAGGUCACUUGCAGGAAUGUAAAUAUCCGGAUCUGUUCUCCACUGUCAGUAUGGAAUGUGAAAAUUUCAAGACUGUAACUUGUGACAACAGAACAGAACCCCAGGCUCCAUGUGAAUAUGUUCAGAAUCUGUGUCCAGCCAACAACCCGUCCUGCGCUCCCUGUCCUAAACGUCUGCCGUCUUGCAUUACUUUGCCUGAUAAUCAGGAGGCGUUUCCAGGAAAAUUAUGGCAAGCAGAUUACAUUGUGUGCGACACCAAUAGAACCAUGAACAUAACUACGUGUCCUCAAGGAGAAUAUUUCAAUCCCAGACUAAAGAAAUGCAUGAAAUCUGUUCCCCCAGUGGACGUUCCGGACUACUGCUCAGCUCAUCCCAAAGCGCUGCUACCAAAAGAGGACAACUGCGGCCAAUACAUCAAUUGUUCAGAUCCAGGAUUUGAUGGGAAUCACACCAUGGAGUGUCAGUAUCCUGAUCUUUUCUCUGUGACCACCAUGUCGUGCCAAUGGUUCGAGAAUGUGACCUGUGAUAGUCGUAUGGAGCCACAAGCACCUUGCGAGUACCAUCAAAACCAAUGUGCACCGACAAACAAGAGUUGCAUCCCUUGCAAAAAGAGACUCCCAAGUUGUGUGACAUUAUCUGAUGGAAAGAAUGCCAUUGAUUGGUUGCUCUGGAAACCUGAUUAUGCCGAAUGUUACAAGAACAGGACCAUGAAAAUGGAUAAAUGUCCCACUCGCUUCUUUGAUCCAGUUCAGAGAAAAUGUACCGACAAGGCCAACCCAGGCGAUAUUGACGAAAUCUGCAAACAGAACCCCAAAGCCAUUUUGCGGAAGAAAGAUAACUGUGCUCAGUAUUACAACUGUUCCGUAUCUAACUCCUCCUAUGGAGGUCACUUGCAGGAAUGUAAAUAUCCGGAUCUGUUCUCCACUGUCAGUAUGGAAUGUGAAAAUUUCAAGACUGUAACUUGUGACAACAGAACAGAACCCCAGGCUCCAUGUGAAUAUGUUCAGAAUCUGUGUCCAGCCAACAACCCGUCCUGCGCUCCCUGUCCUAAACGUCUGCCGUCUUGCAUUACUUUGCCUGAUAAUCAGGAGGCGUUUCCAGGAAAAUUAUGGCAAGCAGAUUACAUUGUGUGCGACACCAAUAGAACCAUGAACAUAACUACGUGUCCUCAAGGAGAAUAUUUCAAUCCCAGACUAAAGAAAUGCAUGAAAUCUGUUCCCCCAGUGGACGUUCCGGACUACUGCUCAGCUCAUCCCAAAGCGCUGCUACCAAAAGAGGACAACUGCGGCCAAUACAUCAAUUGUUCAGAUCCAGGAUUUGAUGGGAAUCACACCAUGGAGUGUCAGUAUCCUGAUCUUUUCUCUGUGACCACCAUGUCGUGCCAAUGGUUCGAGAAUGUGACCUGUGAUAGUCGUAUGGAGCCACAAGCACCUUGCGAGUACCAUCAAAACCAAUGUGCACCGACAAACAAGAGUUGCAUCCCUUGCAAAAAGAGACUCCCAAGUUGUGUGACAUUAUCUGAUGGAAAGAAUGCCAUUGAUUGGUUGCUCUGGAAACCUGAUUAUGCCGAAUGUUACAAGAACAGGACCAUGAAAAUGGAUAAAUGUCCCACUCGCUUCUUUGAUCCAGUUCAGAGAAAAUGUACCGACAAGGCCAACCCAGGCGAUAUUGACGAAAUCUGCAAACAGAACCCCAAAGCCAUUUUGCGGAAGAAAGAUAACUGUGCUCAGUAUUACAACUGUUCCGUAUCUAACUCCUCCUAUGGAGGUCACUUGCAGGAAUGUAAAUAUCCGGAUCUGUUCUCCACUGUCAGUAUGGAAUGUGAAAAUUUCAAGACUGUAACUUGUGACAACAGAACAGAACCCCAGGCUCCAUGUGAAUAUGUUCAGAAUCUGUGUCCAGCCAACAACCCGUCCUGCGCUCCCUGUCCUAAACGUCUGCCGUCUUGCAUUACUUUGCCUGAUAAUCAGGAGGCGUUUCCAGGAAAAUUAUGGCAAGCAGAUUACAUUGUGUGCGACACCAAUAGAACCAUGAACAUAACUACGUGUCCUCAAGGAGAAUAUUUCAAUCCCAGACUAAAGAAAUGCAUGAAAUCUGUUCCCCCAGUGGACGUUCCGGACUACUGCUCAGCUCAUCCCAAAGCGCUGCUACCAAAAGAGGACAACUGCGGCCAAUACAUCAAUUGUUCAGAUCCAGGAUUUGAUGGGAAUCACACCAUGGAGUGUCAGUAUCCUGAUCUUUUCUCUGUGACCACCAUGUCGUGCCAAUGGUUCGAGAAUGUGACCUGUGAUAGUCGUAUGGAGCCACAAGCACCUUGCGAGUACCAUCAAAACCAAUGUGCACCGACAAACAAGAGUUGCAUCCCUUGCAAAAAGAGACUCCCAAGUUGUGUGACAUUAUCUGAUGGAAAGAAUGCCAUUGAUUGGUUGCUCUGGAAACCUGAUUAUGCCGAAUGUUACAAGAACAGGACCAUGAAAAUGGAUAAAUGUCCCACUCGCUUCUUUGAUCCAGUUCAGAGAAAAUGUACCGACAAGGCCAACCCAGGCGAUAUUGACGAAAUCUGCAAACAGAACCCCAAAGCCAUUUUGCGGAAGAAAGAUAACUGUGCUCAGUAUUACAACUGUUCCGUAUCUAACUCCUCCUAUGGAGGUCACUUGCAGGAAUGUAAAUAUCCGGAUCUGUUCUCCACUGUCAGUAUGGAAUGUGAAAAUUUCAAGACUGUAACUUGUGACAACAGAACAGAACCCCAGGCUCCAUGUGAAUAUGUUCAGAAUCUGUGUCCAGCCAACAACCCGUCCUGCGCUCCCUGUCCUAAACGUCUGCCGUCUUGCAUUACUUUGCCUGAUAAUCAGGAGGCGUUUCCAGGAAAAUUAUGGCAAGCAGAUUACAUUGUGUGCGACACCAAUAGAACCAUGAACAUAACUACGUGUCCUCAAGGAGAAUAUUUCAAUCCCAGACUAAAGAAAUGCAUGAAAUCUGUUCCCCCAGUGGACGUUCCGGACUACUGCUCAGCUCAUCCCAAAGCGCUGCUACCAAAAGAGGACAACUGCGGCCAAUACAUCAAUUGUUCAGAUCCAGGAUUUGAUGGGAAUCACACCAUGGAGUGUCAGUAUCCUGAUCUUUUCUCUGUGACCACCAUGUCGUGCCAAUGGUUCGAGAAUGUGACCUGUGAUAGUCGUAUGGAGCCACAAGCACCUUGCGAGUACCAUCAAAACCAAUGUGCACCGACAAACAAGAGUUGCAUCCCUUGCAAAAAGAGACUCCCAAGUUGUGUGACAUUAUCUGAUGGAAAGAAUGCCAUUGAUUGGUUGCUCUGGAAACCUGAUUAUGCCGAAUGUUACAAGAACAGGACCAUGAAAAUGGAUAAAUGUCCCACUCGCUUCUUUGAUCCAGUUCAGAGAAAAUGUACCGACAAGGCCAACCCAGGCGAUAUUGACGAAAUCUGCAAACAGAACCCCAAAGCCAUUUUGCGGAAGAAAGAUAACUGUGCUCAGUAUUACAACUGUUCCGUAUCUAACUCCUCCUAUGGAGGUCACUUGCAGGAAUGUAAAUAUCCGGAUCUGUUCUCCACUGUCAGUAUGGAAUGUGAAAAUUUCAAGACUGUAACUUGUGACAACAGAACAGAACCCCAGGCUCCAUGUGAAUAUGUUCAGAAUCUGUGUCCAGCCAACAACCCGUCCUGCGCUCCCUGUCCUAAACGUCUGCCGUCUUGCAUUACUUUGCCUGAUAAUCAGGAGGCGUUUCCAGGAAAAUUAUGGCAAGCAGAUUACAUUGUGUGCGACACCAAUAGAACCAUGAACAUAACUACGUGUCCUCAAGGAGAAUAUUUCAACCCCAGACUAAAGAAAUGCAUGAAAUCUGUUCCCCCAGUGGACGUUCCGGACUACUGCUCAGCUCAUCCUAAAGCGCUGCUACCAAAAGAGGACAACUGCGGCCAAUACAUCAAUUGUUCAGAUCCAGGAUUUGAUGGGAAUCACACCAUGGAGUGUCAGUAUCCUGAUCUUUUCUCUGUGACCACCAUGUCGUGCCAAUGGUUCGAGAAUGUGACCUGUGAUAGUCGUAUGGAGCCACAAGCACCUUGCGAGUACCAUCAAAACCAAUGUGCACCGACAAACAAGAGUUGCAUCCCUUGCAAAAAGAGACUCCCAAGUUGUGUGACAUUAUCUGAUGGAAAGAAUGCCAUUGAUUGGUUGCUCUGGAAACCUGAUUAUGCCGAAUGUUACAAGAACAGGACCAUGAAAAUGGAUAAAUGUCCCACUCGCUUCUUUGAUCCAGUUCAGAGAAAAUGUACCGACAAGGCCAACCCAGGCGAUAUUGACGAAAUCUGCAAACAGAACCCCAAAGCCAUUUUGCGGAAGAAAGAUAACUGUGCUCAGUAUUACAACUGUUCCGUAUCUAACUCCUCCUAUGGAGGUCACUUGCAGGAAUGUAAAUAUCCGGAUCUGUUCUCCACUGUCAGUAUGGAAUGUGAAAAUUUCAAGACUGUAACUUGUGACAACAGAACAGAACCCCAGGCUCCAUGUGAAUAUGUUCAGAAUCUGUGUCCAGCCAACAACCCGUCCUGCGCUCCCUGUCCUAAACGUCUGCCGUCUUGCAUUACUUUGCCUGAUAAUCAGGAGGCGUUUCCAGGAAAAUUAUGGCAAGCAGAUUACAUUGUGUGCGACACAAAUAGAACCAUGAACAUUACUACGUGUCCUCAAGGAGAAUAUUUCAAUCCCAGACUAAAGAAAUGCAUGAAAGCUGUACCAAAAGUUGACGUCCCUGACUACUGUGCUGCCAAUACCAAAAGAGUUCUUCCUGAUCCAGAUAAUUGUGCACAUUAUUAUAACUGCUCAUCUGUUCCCAGACAAGGCGUCCCGAGAAUAUCUUCUGCCACUGCCUUAGGGAAAUAUGGCGCUGAAUGCCAAUAUCCGGACUUGUUUGAUGACCUAACACAGCAAUGCAGAAAUUUUACUGACGUGAAUUGUUCCACUCGUACAGAACCACAAGCUCCAUGUCAGUAUCAGCAAAACCUAUGUCCUGUAGGCGAUCCUUCGUGUGCACCAUGUCCAAGCCGUUUACCAUCAUGUGUGGGAGAACAAAAUGGAUAUAAGGAGUUUCCUACUCGGCUUUGGAAAUCUGACUUUGUCAGGUGCUUUCUUAACAGAACAACGGAAAUUGACAAAUGUUCAUCGAAUGAGUAUUUCAAUCCAAGGCUUAAACAAUGUAUGGAAAAUGUUCUACCUGUUGACGUGCCCGACUUUUGCACGGCGAAUCCAACUAAGCUUUUGCCAGAUCCAGAUAACUGUGCUCACUAUUUCAACUGCUCAGACCCUGCUGUGAACGUUAUUACUAGACAACAGAAUCAACAAACAGGAAGUUACAGAAAAGAAUGCCCUUACCCUGAUCUGUUUGAUCCAGUCUUGCAACAGUGUGGAAUGUUCACAACAGUAGAAUGUAAAACACGCCCUGAGCCACAGGCGCCAUGUGAAUAUCAACAAAAUUUGUGUGACUCAAAAAAUAGUUCGUGUAAGCCUUGUAAAGAGAGACUUCCAGAUUGUUUAAACUAUCAAGAUGGACAGCAGGCCUUUCCUAAUAAAUUAUGGCAGAAUGAUUACAUUAUCUGUGCUAAAAACAGAACCAUUAGCGUGGACAAAUGCAAACCUCCGGAGUAUUUUAAUCCACGACUGCUGAAAUGCACGGAACGUGUGGAGCCAGUUGAUGUACCAGACUUUUGCUCCGUACACAAAAAUGAAGUUCUCCCAGACUGGAACAACUGUGCCAAAUAUUAUAACUGUUCCGAUCAAAAUGGACUUCAUAUGGAGUGUUCAUAUCCAGAAUUGUUCUCAGAUCAGACAAGGUCAUGUGAAAACUUCACCACAGUAGCAUGUACAAGACGUAAAGAACCGCAAGCUCCGUGUGAGUAUGACCAAAACCGCUGUAACUUAACGGACACUAGCUGUCGGCCCUGCCCUGAGCGACUACCCAGCUGUAGAGGUUUGCCCGACGGAGAUCAACCAGCCAAUGGCUUCCUGUGGACGGAUCGCUUUGUCACGUGUGUACAGAACAGAACCCUGGCUGUCAGUAGAUGUAACCCUGAAGCAAUAUUUGAUCCUACUCAGCUGAACUGUGUAGAACAAAUACCUAAAUCCAAAAUUGAUGAAUUCUGUCGAGCAAAUCCAAAGUCUGUGAAAGCGCAUCCCUCCAACUGUGCAUUGUUCUACGACUGUUCAUCUGUACAGUCUCCUUUGGGUCAUCAUCUCGUGGAAUGUCCAUACCCUGAUCUGUUCGAUUCCACUAAAUUACAGUGUGUCAAUUUCACAGAAGUCAAGUGCAAUAAGACAAAGAAAGAACCACAGGCCCCAUGUGAAUACCAACAGAAUCUGUGCAAUAACUCUGAUCCUACCUGUGUCCCUUGCCCUUCUCGUUUGCCAUCCUGUAAAGGAAAACCAGAUGGAUUGAAUUCUUUUCCAAACCAGUUAUGGAAUGCACCAUAUAUCGAAUGCUUUAAGAAUAGGACAAUUGAUAUCAAAAAGUGCAGCACUGGAUACUUUAAUCCCAGAUUGAGAAAGUGUAUGGAACCAGUUGAGAAAGUUGAUAUACCUGAUUACUGCAAGGCUCAUCCGACCGAACUUUUGCCUGAUCCAGACAACUGUGCAAAGUUUUUCAACUGUAGUGAAUCUUUGAUCAAGCCACGAUCUAGUCGAGCAAACGUAGCUAUAGGAAAGUUCGGCUAUGAGUGUCCUUACCCAGAGCUUUACGAUACCAUGCUACAGAUGUGUAGCAAUUUCACAAAAGUUAGAUGUACUACUCGAUGGGAACCCAUGGCUCCUUGUGAAUAUGAUCAAAAUCUAUGUGACUUGACAGCCAACAACUGCACAAAGUGUCCGGAACGUCUUCCGUCGUGUGUUGGCAGCAGUGAUGGACUCAACCCAUCUCCAAGACAUUUGUGGAAAGAUGAUUACAUUUCAUGUUUUCUAAACAGAACUAUGGUUAUUUCCAAGUGUCCAAAAUCUCAGUAUUUCAAUCCACGUUUAUCAAUGUGUGUGGAUUAUGUUCCAACUGUGGAUGUUCCGGAAUAUUGUCAGGCCAAUCCAUCGGAUGUCCUUCCAGAUCCCGAUAACUGUGCACAAUACUUCAACUGCUCAAAUCCAGCAAUACGCGGGUCCAUAAAUGGAGCUGUUAACCUCCCAGAGAAUUACAGAAAAGAAUGUCAGUACCCUGAUCUGUUUGAUCCUGUCCAUAAAGAGUGCCAGACUUUUACUGCCGUAAAUUGUAGCAAACGAAACGAACCUCAAGCACCUUGUGAAUAUAAGCAGAAUAUCUGUACGUCUACAAAUGUUUCGUGUCAAGUUUGUUCAGAAAGAUUACCAGAUUGCCGUGGCCGCCAGGAUGGAGCACAUGCAUUUCCCAACAAACCUUGGCAGAGAGAUUUCAUCCAAUGUUACUUAAAUAGGACAAUCAGUAUUGCACAAUGCCCUAUGGGAAUGUACUUCAACCCAAGGACUCAGUCUUGUAAAAGAAAUGUUGAGCCAGUGGAUGUACCCGGAUAUUGCACAGCCCAUCCUAACGCAGUUCUUCCUGAUCCUGAUAACUGUGCCAAAUUCUACAACUGCUCUGAAAAGAAUGGUUUACACAAUGAAUGCACAUAUCCAGAUCUCUUUAAUCCUGAUGGCCAAAUUUGCCAAGAAUUUCUCAAUGUCACAUGUUCAACUCGAAAGGAACCACAGGCACCAUGUGAAUAUGAUCAAAAUUUGUGUCCAAAUUCUGAUCCAAGCUGCGCACCUUGUCCUGAGCGAUUGCCAAGCUGUCGUGGUCUUCCAGACGGCAACCAGGCCGUAUCAAUGGAACUCUGGACAUCGAGAUAUAUCACUUGUUUUGUCAACAGAACUAUGAAGGUUAACAAAUGUCCAUUAGGAGAGAUUUUUGAUCCAAUACAGUUAAGAUGUAUCAACAAAAUUCCCCAAGGCAAUGUAGCAGAGUUUUGCAAAUCCAAUCCCGGGGCUGUAAAAGAGGUUGACAAUAACUGUGGACAGUAUUUCAACUGCUCGGCGCUCUCGAUGUUUGGUACUUACGUUCAUGAGUGUCCAUACCCAGAGCUAUUUGACUCGAACAUGCUUACAUGCAGACAAUUUACAGAAGUGAACUGCGACAACAGGACAGAACCCCAGGCUCCGUGUGAAUAUGAAGUCAAUAUUUGUGACCCGAGAAAUUCCUCCUGCUCACCAUGCCCUGUCCGAUUGCCCUCUUGUAGAGGGUUACCAGAUGGAACGAACUCUGUGGCAAACAAAGAAUGGACAACGGCAUUUAUUGUUUGUGUUCAAAAUAGAACACUAGACAUCAAUAAAUGCAAGACUGGAUACUUCAAUCCGAGAAUAAGAAAGUGCAUGGAAAACGUUGAAAAAGUGGAUGUACCAGAUUACUGUGCUGUGCAUCCUGCAGACAUUUUGCCAGCCCCGGAUAACUGUGCUCACUAUUACAACUGCAGUGCUUUAAAUACUGCCCUUCCACCACGAAUGAUAAGUAGAAAGCUGAUGUCAGGUGUACUAGAUGCUCAUGAAAUGGAAUGCACUUACCCUGACUUGUUUGAUGUCUCAUCCAGAAGUUGUAGAACCUUUACCACUGUGACAUGCAAUUCAAGACCAGAACCCCAAGCACCAUGUGAAUAUCUACAAAACAUCUGUCGACCAUCAGACCUGAACUGCAAACCAUGUUCUGAAAGACUACCAUCUUGUGUGGGGAAGGAAGAUGGUUCCAAUGUGUUCCCAUCACGAGUUUGGAAGCCAGACUACGUAAUAUGUUACCAUAAUAGAACAAUUUCUUUUGAGAAAUGUUCGCAAGGUUAUUUCCACCCUGUCGCAAAACUCUGUACAGAAGUAGUUGAUCCAGUUGAUGUUCCUGAUUAUUGUGUAGCCAAUCCGAAAGACGUCCUUCCAGAUCCUGACAAUUGUGCCCUUUUUUUCGACUGCAAUAACAAAACAACUAUGGUACACAGGGCUGCCCAUGUUGUAUCAAUACAGUCAUAUACAAAAGAGUGCCAAUAUCCAGAUCUCUUUGAUUCCAACAAUCGGCAAUGUAGGCUUUUUACAGCUGUUAAAUGUGAAACUAGACCGGAACCUAUGACACCGUGUGAAUACCAACAGAAUCUCUGUAAAACUUCAAAUUCUUCUUGUGAGAAAUGUCCCGCAAGAUUGCCUUCAUGCAAAGGGAUGACUGAUGGUCCACAUUCUUUCCCGAACAAAUUAUGGCUGCAAGACUACAUUUUCUGUCACAAGAACAGAACCAUACAAACCAAAUGUCCAACCACACAAUAUUUCAAUCCAAGACUCAACAUUUGCACGGAUGUUGUGGAGCCUGUUGACGUUCCUCAAUACUGCCCUGUACACAGAAACAAAGUUAUCCAAGAUCCUGACAACUGUGCCAAGUUUUACAAUUGUUCCGACGUAUCACAUUCCGAAUGCACCUAUCCAGACCUCUUUUCGUUGGUGACAUUUAGAUGCGAACGGUUUUUGUCUACCUCUUGUGACCAGAGGCCGGAGCCCCAAGCUCCAUGUGAAUAUGAUCAAAAUCUGUGUCUACGUACCAGCUUAAACUGCAUUAUCUGCCCAAAGAGGUUGCCAAGUUGCAGAGGUCUUUCCGAUGGCAUUCAACCUGUUCCUAGUGAGAUGUGGGGAGAUAGAUAUCUGACAUGUCUGCAAAACAGGACACUAGCUGUUACCAAGUGUCCCAGGUCCUCCGUCUUUGACCCAGUCCUUCUCCAAUGCAGAGAAAAUGUUCCUUUCAAUAACAUAGAUCAGUUCUGCAAGUCAAAACCAGGCACUGUCAGGCCUCAUCCAACAAACUGCGCUCAGUAUUACAACUGCUCACAGACAUCAGUUCAAGGAGAUCACCUGUUCGAAUGCCCAUAUCCAGAUCUGUUUGAUUCAUCAACACUGCUGUGUCGAAACUUUACAACCGUUCCCUGUGGCAAGCGACAGGAACCAAUGGCACCAUGUGAUUAUAGACAAAAUCGUUGUUUGAUGUCUGACAAAUCUUGUGUUCCGUGUCCUAGUCGUCUCCCCUCUUGUGUACGAUUACCUGAUGGCAAAAAUCCUGUCGUUGGUUCUAUAUGGCUGUCAAAAUAUGUAAUCUGCUACCAAAAUCGGACUAUGGGAACGAGUGAAUGUCCAAAGGGAGAAUAUUUCCAUCCUAGGCGUCGAGUUUGUCUGCAAGCAGUAGAUCCAGUUGAUGUACCGGAUUAUUGUAAGGCUCAUCCUGAUGAUGUUUUACCAGACCCUUUCAACUGUGGUCAGUACUUCAAUUGUUCCAUUGAAGACACCAUCAUGCUAAGGUCUAGAACACCAAAUUCGAUAGGAGUCUUUAGAAUGGAAUGUACCUACCCGGCUUUAUUCGAAAGCAGUUCCAGGCAAUGUAAACACUUUGAGAAUGUGCAAUGCGAAAACCGACCAGAGCCUCAAGCUCCUUGUCAAUAUGAACAAAACCUUUGUAAGUCAUCUGACAAUAAUUGUCAACUGUGUCCCAAUCGCUUACCGCCAUGUAUAGGCAUCGAUGAUGGAGAGCACGAGUUUCCCAAUAGGUUAUGGCAGAGAGAUUUCAUUAUUUGCUAUAAAAAUAGAACCAUAAGCAUCACUGAAUGUGAAGAUGGUUUUUACUUUAAUCCACGAACAAAGAGAUGCCAGAAAGCUGUGGAAAUGAUUGACGUUCCAAGCUACUGUAUGGUGCACAAAACAGCAAUAUUGCCAGAUCUUAAGACAUGUGCCAAAUAUUUCAACUGUUCUGAUUAUGGAGGCGCCCAUGUUGAAUGCCGAUACCCAGAUUUGUACUCCACUAAGGAAAAGAAAUGUGUCAACUUUACCUCUGUGAAAUGUGACUCUCGACCGGAACCCCAGGCUCCCUGUGAUUAUACUCAAAAUUUGUGCCGUAAAGGAGACGGAACCUGUCCACCGUGUCCCAAGAGACUUCCAAGCUGUGUAGGCGUUCCAGACGGAGACCAACCAUUUACUGGAAGAUUAUGGAAACCACAAUUUAUAACGUGCUUCCUUAAUAGAACGAUUUUGUUGCAACAGUGUACAAAUGGAUACUUUCACCCAAUCAAAAAACAAUGUCUAAUUGAUGUUCCAAAAGUUGAUGUUCCAUCUUACUGCCAAGCAAAUCCAGACAGUGUUAUAGAGGACAUAAGCAGCUGUAAUCGCUUUUACAACUGUAGUCAGUUGUCACCUGGGAGACAUGUCGGGUCUUUGGAGUGUUCCUACCCCGAUCUAUUUUCUGCCGUUUCUAGAUCAUGUCAGGCUUUCAUAUCAGUCAAAUGUCACAUCAGACCAGAACCCAUGGCCCCUUGUCAGUAUGAACAGAAUUUAUGUCAACCAAAAGACACAAGUUGUGUUCCCUGUCCGGAGCGUUUGCCCAGCUGUGUUGGGUUAUCUGAUGGUCCACAUUAUUUCCCUGGUAGACAGUGGUCAGCAGAGUAUAUUAUUUGCUUUAAAAACAGAACCAUAGAUGAAUCUACCUGCAAAGGAAAUCAUCAGUAUUUUCACCCUGUUCAAAAGAAAUGCUUAACCGAUGUAGGAAAAGGAGACGUAGACAAAUUUUGCCAGGCUAAUCCAUUAGCUCUGGUACAGGAUUUGGAAAAUUGUGCACAUUACAUCAACUGUUCCCACAAGAACUCAAAAAUCGACGAUUUCAUUCAUGAAUGUGUAUACCCAGAUUUGUUUUCUGAUGUGACAUUAAAAUGUGAAAAUUUCCAAGCUGUUGUGUGUAAACUCAGACCUGAACCGAUGGCUCCCUGUGAAUAUAAGCAAAAUGUGUGCAAAUCCGAUGACACGUCCUGCUCGCCGUGCCCUGAAAGACUACCGAGUUGUGUGGGACUUGGAGAUGGACCACAGCCAUUCACUGGACAGGAGUGGACCAGCUCUUAUGUUGUGUGUCUUCAGAAUAGAACCAUUGAUGUUCGCCAAUGCCCACAUAAUGCCAUCUUUAAUCCUGAAACGCAUCAAUGUAUCAAUAAAAUUGACCAAAGUAACAUCAAUGCCUAUUGCAAAGCCAAUCCAAAAGCAAUAAAGCCACACCCUACCAACUGUGCUCAGUUUGUAAACUGCUCUGCCGCUCACUCGAGAUACGGUCAAUACAUCCAGGAAUGUGUUUACCCAGACUUGUUUUCUGCAGCUUCACUCAGCUGUCAGAAGUUUGAAUCGGUACAAUGUAUUCCUAAAAAUGAACCUCAAGCUCCAUGUGAAUACCAACAGAAUUUGUGUCUAAGGGGAGAAUCUGGUUGUCAACCUUGUCCGACUCGUUUGCCUAGCUGCAUUGGUUUACCAGACGGACCUAAUCCACACAUAUCGCAGUUGUGGGGCUCUCAAUUUAUUACGUGUUACAAGAAUCGUACAUUGCAUGUCGGUCAAUGCAAAAAUGGUGAAUACUUUCACCCUAGAGAAAGAGUAUGCAAAAUGGUUGUCAAUAAAGUUGAUGCCCCUGAUUACUGUUCCGUCCACCCUCAAGCAGUGUUGCCCGAUUUAGAAGAUUGUGCUAAAUUUUUCAACUGUUCAGAACCAGGAAUAUAUAAGGAGUGUAAAUACCCUAAACUUUUUUCACUUCAAAGCCUCUCAUGUCAGAACUUCACCGAAGUAAAUUGUGGAAGAAGAAAAGAGCCACAGGCACCUUGUGAAUACGAUCAGAAUCUAUGUCCAAUGUCCUCAUCUAAUUGUGAGCUUUGUCCACUGAGGCUACCAUCUUGUGUUGGUAAAUCGGAUGGAAAUCACAGCUUCAUUGGGCAUCUUUGGGAACCCCUGUUCAUCACAUGCUAUAAGAAUAGAACAAUCAUGAUUUCGAAAUGUUUACAUGGGUAUUUUCAUCCUGUGAACAAUGUUUGUCAGUCAAAAAUAGGUCAUGAUGUUGCUCCAGAUUAUUGUAAAACUCAUCCUGGUGAUGUGGUGGCCAAAGAAGAAAAUUGUGCCCAGUACUACAAUUGUUCACAUCCACAUAAACGCUUGUCUAGCAAUCAAGUGCAAGAAUGUGAAUACCCAAAAUUAUUUUCUAGGACAACUUUGAAAUGCGAAACAUUUACCUCAGUUGCAUGUGAUAACCGACCUGAACCACAGGCUCCAUGUGAAUACGAUCAAAAUAAGUGCGAUCAAAAUGACCCUUCUUGCCGGCCAUGUCCAAAUCGAUUACCCAGCUGUGUCGGACAUCCAAAUGGAUACCAGCCGAUGUUAAAUUACAGAUGGACAGAUAAAUUCAUGGAGUGCCAGAUGAACCGAACAAUUCAGAUAACUAGUUGUUCUUUGGGAUGGGUCUUUAACCCUUUUACUGGGGCCUGUGUGAAAUAUAUUGAACAAAAUUAUGUUCUAGAUUAUUGUCACUACCAGCCGACAGAUAUAGUAGCUGACCCAUUGAACUGUGCUUUGUAUGUUAACUGCUCCACUGGCACAACAAGGUUUGGUGAACACAAACUGGAGUGUCCCUAUCCUAAACUCUAUGACAUUUCUUCAAGAACUUGUAAAAACUUUGAUGAAGUAGAAUGUAAUGGUAGAAAGAUCCCAAUGAAACCCUGUGAAUAUCAGCAAAACGUUUGUCUUAAGGGAGAUGUUUCUUGUAAACCAUGUCCCGAAAGAUUGCCUAGUUGUGCUGGUUUGCCAAAUGGUGUUCAUGCCGAUCCUAGAGCACCUUGGUCAAAUAGUUAUAUCAGAUGCUUCAAUAACAGAACACUUGUGGUGGAACAGUGUACCAGUGGUUACUUUAAUACCAGAACCAGACAGUGUGAAGUCUAUGUAAAUUCAGUUGAUGUCAUUGAAUAUUGUAAAUACCAUUCGGACGCCAUUUUGCCUAACCCUGACAACUGUGCUAAAUAUUACAACUGUAAAGGAAAUGACAACCCUGUUGAGGAAUGCCCUUAUCCUUAUUUGUUUUCACAGACUACCAACAAAUGUGAACAAUUUUCUAUGGUAUUCUGUGGUUCACGUCCAGAGCAAGUAGCCCCUUGCCAGUACGACCAGAACAAGUGUUCUUCCAAUGAUCCUAGCUGUGUUCCUUGUAAGGAGAGGCUACCGAGUUGUGAGGGCCUACCAGACGGCUACAACAUCUUCCCAACUAGGGAAUACACACGGUGGUACAUCAAAUGCUCACAAAACAGAACAAUUGAGGUUACUCAGUGCCCUCCAAACACAAUAUUUGAUGUGAAGAAGAAUAUUUGUACUUCAUCCGUCAUAGGAAAUGAGUGGGAACAGUUUUGCAAGGUUAACCCACAAAGUAUACAGCCUCAUCCAAUAAACUGCGCUCAGUACUACAACUGUACAGCUCUUACAUCAGGAGAGGGAACGCUGCUACAAGAGUGUAAAUAUCCGGACCUUUUUUCGCCAAGGACACUCAGAUGUGAUGAUUUUAUGACGGUUACAUGUGGAACAAGACAUGAACCACAGACUCCCUGCGAAUACAAGCAAAACUUGUGUUUGCUCAGUGAUCCAAAUUGCCAACCUUGUCCAACUCGCUUCCCAAGCUGCUUAGGACUUAGUGAUGGAAAGUUUCCCCAUCCAAGUCACCUGUGGGGUCGGGAUUAUAUAAUGUGCUUUCAUAAUAGAACUAUUGAAGUUGUGUCCUGUGAUAAUGGAUAUUUCAAUCCCAGGACUCGUCGAUGCUCUAGCUAUGUUGAUCCAGUUGAUGUGAUAUCUUAUUGCCGUGCCCACCCAACAGCUGUUGUUGCACAUCCAUGGAAUUGUGCUCAGUUCUUUAACUGUUCGCAUCGCCAGUCUAGAUUUGGCGGGUACUUAGAUGAAUGUUCAUAUCCAAUGCUUUACUCAACGGAGAAACAAAUCUGUUCGAACUUUACGGCUGUAAAUUGUAAAUCAAGACCUGAACCAAAAGGACCAUGUGAAUACAGACAAAAUUUGUGCAGCAACAAGGAUAAGAACUGUGUUCCAUGCCCAACACGGCUUCCAAGUUGUGUGGGGCUACCUGAUGGUUUGAAUUCUGUGACUGGCGCUCAAUGGACAGAUAAAUACAUCUUGUGUUACAGGAACAGAACCAUUGAAGUCAACACAUGUAAGCAGGGUGUGUUCAAUCCAAUGAAAAGGCUAUGUGAUGAUCACGUACGACCAGGAGACAGAUAUUGCCAAGCUAACCCUGGCAGCAUUGUAGCACACCCUGGUAAUUGCGCUCAAUACUACAACUGCUCACAAAAGAAUACCAAGCUGGGAGGGUAUUUGAUGGAGUGUCCAUACCCGAAUCUCUUCUCAAAGAUCACAAACUCUUGUCAGAAUUUCAACUCAACGGUCUGUCAAAAUCGAUUUGAACCACAAGCUCCAUGUGAAUACAUUGUAAACAGGGAACCAUCUUUAUCUCUUCAAAGAAGCACAGUUCCUUGUCCAGAUAGACUUCCAUCAUGUAUUGGACUUUUCGAUGGAAAGCACGAGUUUCCUAGUAGACGUUGGUGGGCAGACUAUAUUGUUUGCUAUCAUAAUAGAACAGUAGAAAUCAACAAAUGUGCAAAUGGAUAUUUUAAUCCAUACCUACGUAUUUGUGUCAGGUGGAUUUCAUUGAAUUACAUAAUGGAGUUUUGUGGUGUCCAUUCGCAAGCUGUUGUGUCUCAUCCGAAUAAUUGUGCACAAUUCUUUGACUGCAAACAGUUACGGUCAUCCAAAUCAUUACUGGCACAGGAGUGCGUUUACCCCCAACUUUUUUCUACUCAGUCAAUGAAAUGCCAGCCGUUCUACUCUGUAAACUGUCGUGGAAAGAAGGAACCAAUGGCACCAUGCCAAUACAAUCAAAAUAUGUGCAAAGUCAAUUCGCCAAGUUGUAUUCCCUGUCCCGAGAGACUACCAAGUUGCUUAGGAACUCCAGAUGGUCCCCAAGUGUAUCCACAGAGACUAUGGACUGCAUGGUACAUAGUCUGUGACCGAAACAGGACUAUUGAGAUAACAAAAUGUCAGCAUGGACAAAUAUUUGAUCCUCAUCACAGGCAUUGUGUGACUGCAGAUAAAACAGAUCAAAUCGCUGCCAUUUGCAAAGCAAAUCCUUCACUACUGAUCCCAUACCAUAACAAUUGUGCUAGAUACUACAGGUGCUCAGACAUGUUGGAAGGAACAGUACCGUUGUCUGAGUGUCAGUACCCAGACCUAUUUUCUUCUAGCAAUGGAACAUGCAUGGACUAUAGAUUGGUACAUUGUGUUGACAGACCAGAACCUAAAGCUCCAUGUGAAUAUCAACAAAACCUGUGUGCGUCCUAUAAUAGUUCUUGUCUACCAUGUUCUGAUCGCCUACCUAGCUGUGUAGGUCUUCCAAAUGGCAAGAACUCAUUCUCUGGAAGAGUGUGGUCCCCAUAUUAUGUAGACUGCUUGAAUAAUAGGACAUAUACUGUACAUAGAUGUACAAAUGGUUGGUUCCACCCUGUUCAGAGAUUAUGUGUUACUCAAAUACAUCCAGGGGAUGUGAUAUCAUUUUGCUCUGCAAACAAAAAUGCAAUAUCUGCUGACAGUCUAAAUGCUGCCCAUUUUAUCAACUGUUCGGAUCCCAAUCCAAACAUCUCUCACUACAUUCAAGAAUGUCCAUAUCCUCAGCUGUUCUCCACUGAGACCCACUCAUGUCAGGACUUUAGAACUGUACCGGUUGAUUCUAGAAUAGUUCCUCAGGCACCCUGUGAAUACAGCCAAUACCAUUGCUACAAUAUCGACAAAUCCUGUAGACCGUGUCAUGAGGUGCAUCACUCUUGUAUCGGUUUGCCAGAUGGGGAUAAUGCGGUGUCUGGACUUACCUGGACAUCGUCCUAUAUCACCUGUUUGUUAAACAGAACCAUCGCAGAAAACACGUGCGAGAAAGGUGUAUUUGAUCCACAUAAGAGAAUAUGCACUACCCCUGUAGUGGUCGAUAAAAUCGAUCAAUAUUGCAUCGAUAACCCUACUGCCAUUGUGAAACAUCCAGGAAACUGUGGUUGGUACUACAAUUGCUCAAACAGAGACUCAACUAUCGGAAAAUACAUUCAAGAGUGUAGAUAUCCAGAGUUAUUCUCCACAAUUACUAAGAAAUGCGAGGAAUUUACAGACGUUAACUGUAUAUCAAGGCAUGAGCCUCAAGCACCAUGUGAGUAUGUGAGAAACACCUGCCCGAUGUCCGACCAAAGUUGCAUCCCUUGUCCAAUCAGAUUACCAAGCUGUAUUGGAUUACCAGAUGGGUUAAAUCCUAUUUCUGGGAACUUCUGGUCAAGGAAAUACCUCAGAUGUUUAUUAAAUAGAACCAUUGAUAUAUUGGAGUGCCCUGAUGGUUAUUUCAAUCCAUAUCUACGUACCUGUGUGGACAGAAUAUCUCCAACAUAUGUGUCUGAAUUCUGUAAAACUAAUUCUAUGGCUGUGGUUGGGAAUAGCAUCAAUUGUGCUCAAUACAUUGAUUGUACCAAAAAUCCAGAGAGUUAUGUGUUGGAGUGUAGGUACCCAGACCUCUUCUCUGCUAGAAACAGAAAGUGUCAGACUUUUACGGAUGUUGAGUGUGGAAGUGCUACUGAACCACAGGCUCCAUGCUCGUACAAACAAAAUGUGUGUAAGAGCAAGGGUCCUAGUUGUAUACCAUGUUCUGAGCGCCUCCCAAGCUGUGUGGGCCUGUCAAAUGGUUACCAUGGAUUCCAAAUGCAGUGGUCCUCUAGAUAUUUCCAGUGCUACAAAAACCGAACAAUAAAUGUUCUAAAUUGUAAAGGAUACUUUGACCCAAAUGCAAAGAAAUGUGUAGAAAAAAUACAUUCAGAAAAUAUUGAUGAGUUUUGCCAAUAUCACCCGACCCUGCGUAUACCAAGCUGGAUAAACUGUGCGCAGUACUAUGAUUGCUCCAUGAAAGACUCAAUAUAUAAACCAUACCUCCAUGAAUGCCCAUAUCCCCAGCUCUUUUCUCUGGCUACAUUGCAAUGUGAAGAUUUUCAUCAAACGUCUUGUGGGACUCGAACAGAGCCUAUGGCACCUUGUCAAUAUCUCAAAAACCAGUGUUCCAUUGGAGACAGCAGUUGCCUCCCUUGUCCAUCGAGACUUCCAAGCUGCAUUACAUUACCAGAUGGGGCUAAUGCCUACCCUGGCAGAAAACAAUCUCCCAACUAUAUUGUUUGUGACAGAAAUAGGACGCUAGCGGUAAAAACAUGUCCAACUGGAUACUUUGACAAAGCUUCUAGAACGUGUCUGCAGCCAGGGACAACACCAUUCACACAAGGUGGUAUUUGUGGAAAUAUCAGACAUGGAUUAAUCCCAGAUCCGUCAAAUUGUGCACGGUUUUAUAACUGUUCCACGGGCUUGAUGAACCCUCUAUCCCAGGAAUGUCAGUAUCCUUCCCUGUUCUCAAUUAUUAGGAGAGCUUGCGUCAACUUUGAGUCUGUCCAGUGUGGUGUAAGAUAUGAACCACAAAGUCCGUGUGAGUAUAAACAAAAUCAAUGCACAGACAAUGAUGGCACCUGUUUACCAUGUCUGUCCAGGCUCCCAAGCUGUGUUGGCCUUCCAAACGGAGAACAGGAGUUCCCAGGUCGACUCUGGACACCCUGGUUUAUAGAAUGUUUUCUGAACCGAACUGUAAACAUUGGCAACUGCGGAAGGGGAGUGUUCGAUCCUAAUAUUAAGGACUGUGUGGCAGAGCUAGACAAAAAUAACAUUGACCGCUACUGUAAAUUCCACCCUUCCGCACUAGCUCCAUAUUCUGAUAACUGUGCACAGUAUUUUGAUUGUCGCAUGAAAGAUUCAACACUAAGGGGAUUCCUUCAUGAAUGUACAUAUCCGCAGCUCUUUGACAAAAAUUCCAUGCAGUGUGCCAGUUAUCAAUCUGUUUCUUGUGAUGGUCGAUACAAACCUCUCACCCCAUGUGACUAUGCUCUAAAUGAAUGCAGGACUGCUGAUUGUAUUCCAUGUAAAGAGCGCAUCUCUCUAUGUAAAAAUAAAAUAGACGGUCCGAAUGCUCUGCCAGGAGAGGUUGUUACAAGUAGAUAUGUUGAGUGUAGGCAAGGAGUCGCCACGGGAAUCAAGUCAUGUCCAGACAGGAAAAUAUUUAGUCCCCAGGACAGGAAGUGUAAAAUCAGUGACCAAGAUACUUUGUAUGCAAUCUGUAAAACACAUCCUAAUAUUGUCCGACCAAAUCCUUACGACUGUGCCCAGUUUAUUGACUGCAGUAAGUCAAGACCUGGUCACGUGAUUGGGGAGUACGUGAAGGAGUGUCCCUAUCCUAAGCUGUUUUCUACAGACACAAUGGAGUGUCAGGAAUACAACAAGGUUUUGUGCAAUACAAGAAGAGAACCAAGAGCCCCAUGUGAAUAUCUGCAAAAUCUGUGUACUGGAAAGAACAAGAACUGUCAGCCAUGCACUGAGAGACUUCCUAGCUGUAUAGGACUACCAAAUGGUUUCAAUCCAAUCAUGGAGUCUCUGUGGAAAAAAGACUACAUUGAAUGUAAAGACAAUAGAACAAUCGCUGUAAAAUCCUGUACGAACGGAGUAUUUGAUCCUUACAACAGAGAGUGUAUGAAAGAUACUGUAUCCAGUUAUUGUAUGAUACACCCAAGGGGGUCCCUACCUAACCCCAAAAACUGUGCCCAGUUUUAUGACUGCAAUGUAAGGGAUUCAGAGUAUGGAUUAUAUCUAAAAGAAUGCCAAUAUCCCCUGCUGUAUGAAAUAGAGACGGGCACCUGUCAACACUACAGUAAAGUGAACUGUGGGUCACGAUAUGAACCUGUAGAACCAUGUGAGUAUAUUCAGAGUCAGUGUAUCGGUGCUGGUUGUCCGGCCUGCAGCCAGGUCAGUUGCCGCACUCACCUUGAUGGAGCCAAUGAAUACCCUGGCAGGAAGCACACCCCGUGGUACGUGGUGUGUGAGAAUGGAAGAACUGUGGCCGUGGAACAGUGUCACGUGGGAAUUUUUGACCAGCAGUCUCGCAUGUGUUUGACUAAUACAGGCUCUAUAAAUGACUACUGUGAGCGGAAUCCCGGACUGGUUUUCCCAAGCUUUGCAAGCUGUGCACAGUUUUACGAGUGUGGCCGAUACAAUGACAUAACGGGGACCUAUCUGCACGAAUGUGCUUAUCCAUUGCUGUAUGACACCGCCUCAAAAACGUGUCAACACUUCACCAAAGUAAAAUGUGACAACAGGAAUGUCCCUUAUGCACCAUGUGACUAUAUGCAAAAUAGAUGUCAUGAAAGAAAUACAACAUGCAAACCUUGUGAGGAACGGUUCAUUUCCUGUGUAAACAAACCCGAUGGUAGAAAUGAAGUGCCAGGAGACAUAUACUCGUAUGUUUAUUGUCUCCAGAAUAGGACAAUCAACAGAGUCAUGUGUUCAAAGGGUGCAUUCUUUCAUCCGUUAGUCAAAGAAUGCAUACCACUCAGAUUUUUUGGGCACAUACCACUUGCUAUCGGAGAUGAUAUCUGUAAUCAGCAGCUAGUGUCGGGAGUUAAGCCAGUCCCCGAUUCAGCAUUCUCCGCUUCCUCCUCCUACCACAAGGGCAGCAACGCCAAGGACUACACAGUAGCCCGGGCCCGCAUCAACACCACAGAGACCAAGGACUCCAAGGGGGUUCUACAUCUCGGGGCAUGGUCAGCCCAGAAUCUCAAUGUGGACCAGUGGAUUCAGGUGAAUCUAUCUGAGCCAAGUCUUAUUCGAGGCAUAAUGACCCAAGGACGAAAUGGUUGCUGCCAUCAGUGGGUGAAGAAGUACCGAGUUCAGUACAGUAUGGACUGCAGCAACAAUUCCAACAGCUGGCAUCCUAUAGGAGACCACACAGUCAAUGAUACAAUUUUUGUUGGAAAUACAGAUGAAAACUCCAUAGUAACUAACAAUUUUGACUGCCCAGUCAUCGCCAAAUGUAUCCGAGUCAACCCCUUGGACUGGAAUAACCACAUCUCCAUGAGGUUCGACCUUUUGGGCUGCGCUCUGGACACAGGAAACUCUACGAGCGCCCCACCAACAACUGCUGCCAGCAACACUACAGCACCAGCAAACGGAACGACAGCUUCCAGCAACAGUACUAGUGCAAACAGUAAUGCAAGCUCGGUCGCAACAACAACACCUAGCUCCAAUACAACCAGCAACAACAAUGUUACAACCACAGCCAGUUCUAACACAACAUCACCCGGUAACACAACAUCAUCGGGUAAUACCACUCCAUCUAGUAACAUGACUUCUGCUGCCAUGACAACUCAGUCUGCAACAAGUGCUGGGGCUACAACAGUGCCCAACAACUCAAAGACCGGUGCCGGAAAUUGUGUGAAGGACUGUAAGGGUAAAGCCAGUGGCGAGUACCAGUCUUGCAAGACAUGUGGGGGAUAUGUGACGUGUGUCUGGGGCAUACUGUACGAGCGCCAGUGUCCAGCUGGACUGGAAUGGAAUGACAAUCUCAAAGUGUGUGACUGGCCAAAUGCGGCAGGGUGUGCGUUAGCGGGUUAGAUCCGUCGUCUGUGACAGAACCCAAUGCUUAGAGAGCUUUUAUUUCCAACGCACAGCAUUACGUUCAUCGACUUUUUUUUUCGUCAUUAAUUCAUAUGUAUUAUUUUACGUUUUUAAAUUAUUGAACAUUAAUAAAUUUCGUUGCAAUUUG